AUGUCUGGCUCCGAAGACUGUGAGGUUCUUCUGGUAGGGGCAGGGCCGGUGGGCCUCCUGACAACUCUCUUUCUGGCCCAAUCGGGCGUGAACGCAAUUCUUAUCGACCGCCUUCCAGACAUCGACAAUUCGCCACGCGCCAUGGGGUAUGGCGCUCCUGGGAUUGUCGAGCUGGAAAGAGCUGGAGUUGCGGCCGACGCACGCAGAGUGAACAUGGAGCCCAUUGAUUACGACGCUUGGAUCAAAUGGAUCACUAUCGACAAUAGGCUGAUUGCGGAGUUUCAGCCCGAGGACAAACUUCCGGGGUCGUACGAUAUGGUUCUUUGUGGACAAUUCACGUUGGCAAGGAUCAUCCAAGAACACUUAGGUAGAUAUAGUUGUGCAAAGCUCACGUAUCCAUAUCCUAAGAUACUGUUCGAGCACACUUUACGCGAUUUUAAGGAGGAAGGAGACUCGUUACGAGCAAUCUUUGAUACGCCGACCGGCGAGAAGGCAAUCACAACAAAGUAUCUAGUCGGGAGUGAUGGCGCCCGAUCAACAGUACGCAAGCUCCUCAAUAUCAGCUAUGAAGGCUUCACACUUCCACAAUGGCUUGUGGCGUGCAAUGUCCGAUACCCUUUCAGGGAGCACGGCUUCGGACCUGGUCAAUUUAUAGUACAUCCUGAGCAUUUCUGCUUGGUCGCCAAGAUUGAUCCAACUGGUCUGUUCCGAGUAUCCUACAAUGAGCGAGAAGACUUGACUAGGGAUGAGGUUCUGGCAAACGUCCACUCUAAGUUCGAGGCCAUUUUUCCGGGACCUAAGCCCCUCAAGAAAGAUUCUUAUAAGAUCGAAAUGGUGAGUCCAUAUCGGAUUCAUCAGCGAAGCGCGACAACCUACCGGAAAGGGAGGGCGCUCCUAGCGGGAGACGCAGCUCAUGCAUGUUCACCAUUUGGUGGUGAGUAUUGUGCACGUAAUCUCCUAUUAUUAGGCAACGCUGAUAAAUAUUAUCCCCUAGGGAUGGGAUUGACCGGCGGGAUAUGUGACGCCGGCGGACUCGCCGAUUGUCUGAUAGGCGUCCUGCGGAAGGGUUGUGACGACUCGCUGCUGGACCGAUAUGCCGAGAUUCGGAGGCAAAAGUACACCGAGAUCACCAACCCGGUCAGCUACGGCAAUCUCUGCGCGAUGAGGGAUGUGGAUCCGGAAAAGGCAAAAGAGGUCGAACCCUACAAGACACUUAACAUAUCACGCGAGGCUCGGAGGGAGAUAAUGAAGAGAGCAUACCUUCUUGGGCAUGAUUUUAGGCAAGAUUGGCCAAGCUUCCAGGGUCGCAAAGACGAGAAGAAACAAGCAGCGAGUGGCAUUUUGAUGGAGUCUAUGUCUUAG